AUGUUCGCACAAACAACUCGCUCGCUGCUCCGCGCAGCCCCAGUCGUCCGCAGUCCUCUCUCCGUGUGCGCGCGCACCGCUUUCAGCACCUCCUCAUCCAACUCGCUCAUCUCGAGAAUGUCGCAAAUGUCGCUCGCCAGACCCGUCGCAUCGCCUACAAAGAGCUUGGUUGCUUUCCAACAAACAAGAGGAAUGAAGGUCCGAAGUUCCGUCAAGAAGCUAUGCGAUGGUUGCAAGAGUGUACGCAGAAAGGGCGGAAAAUACGUCUACAUCAUCUGCAGCAAGAACCCCAAGCACAAGCAGAGACAAGGUUGA